GAGGCCAGACCUGAAAGGAAGCCAAGGCGAUAAAAUAAUCAAAGAUGGAGGGUGAGGAAUUUGAUCAGAUAUCAAGGGUGACCAGGCCAAGACUGGGGGAUUUCCACUAAAAGACUUCACAGGAUUCCUACUAAACAUGGGGAAAAGCAGACAAAAGCAGAAGCUAGGGUCAAGGCCUAGUCAAAGAGAAGACUCAGAGGAGCCUGGCAUGAGGUCUCGAGGUUCCCAAAGUUCCUGGAUCUGCCAGCAAAUGACCUUCUUCACUCACCUGUGGGAUGGGGACCCAGUGAGCCAGGUAGCAGGUUCACCUACUGAAAUACCAUUCAGUUCAAAACAGGAGGAUAUGUCUGAAUUAUUAGAUGAAAUUCUGGUCCAGGAGAUUUUGGAUCUGAAUAAAACAACACCGAGCGAAAUGCCAAGUACAGCAUCAACAUUAUCAACACUGAUACAUGCUGGUAUUGAUGAGAAUUAUCAAGCUGGUGAUUCUGAGAAUUAUCAUGAAUUAUUAGAGAAUUUACAAUUGUCUCCUGGCAUUGAGGACAAAAUUUCCAAUGAUGAAGCCAAUGCUAAUGCAAAUCUCCAUGACGAUCCUUCUGAGAAUUAUCAUGGGCCACAGGUGUCUCCUGGCAGUGAGAAGAGUGUUUCCAGUAAAGAAAAGAAUUCAAAGAACACUCAGUAUGAAAAUCUAUCCAUUCUGGACCAAAUCCUUCAAAAUAUUGGAAGAUCUCCAGGUAGAUUGGAAAUAAUAGAUAAGUGUCUUCUCAUUUUGGGAUUCUUUUCCUGCUCAAGGGACAGGUGUGUCUCCGAGCAGCUCCAGGGAGAGCAGGAAACAUUUUCCGUAAAGAGCAGCAGAGGACCAGCGCACAGAGGAGGAGCCAAGGCAGUCAGUGAGGCCGCAGCCCCAGAGCCCCUGCGCAGGAGAGGAGCCUGCUAGAACCCCCACCCACCAGCCUCCGGAACAGGGCACUUGUGUGCACACGCCCACGUUCUCUGAACCAUUCCGCAUAAAGGAAAAUAGUUUAUUCACACGA